CCUUCUCUCUAAUACAAGGAACUAUAUAAAGAGUGAAAAGGUCUGAGACACUUUCCACUACUGCUCAGCAGCUCAGCUUGACUGUGAUGUCAACAUGCUUCUUCACGGUAACUUCCCAGUGCUGAUCUUUGCGCUGACUCUUCUUGGUCAAGUUCAUACAGGAAAAGUCUUUGGCGGCCAUGAAGCUGUGCCACAUAGCAGGCCGUACAUGGCCCUUAUGGAGGUAACUAAUGACAAUCACUCAAAGCAGUGUGAUGGAUUCCUUCUGAAUGAAGAUUUUGUGAUGACUGCAGCCCAUUGCCAGGCCAAAUCGUACAAAAUUCUCCUUGGGGUUCACAAUUUCUUUAAACAGACCGACGUUCAAACCUUGACUGCAGGACAAGCAUUUCCACAUGAGAAAUACAAUGCAACCACUUUCCAAAAUGACAUCAUGUUACUUAAGCUGACCUCCAAGGCAAAGUUCACCACUAGUGUAAAACCAAUUGCUCUCGCAGACAAGGACGAUAUCACUUUACCAACAUCAUGUUUAGUCUCCGGCUGGGGACAAACAAACAGGGAGAAUAACCUUAAUUCAUAUGUACUGAUGGAAGUCAAUGUAACACUGAUCCACAACAAGAUAAGCAAUGAGAACAACGUGUACUGCUCUGAGGGUGAUCAUGGACCAGGAGGGGGAGACUCUGGUGGUCCAUUAGUCUGCAGUGAUGGAAAGGCAUAUGGGGUGGUGUCUGCAGGUAAACAAUCACGUCCCUACGUCUAUAAGUAUACCAAGAUACCUGACAACAGGGAGUGGAUCGAUAACAUUAUGAAAUAUAACUGAAGGACCUACGAGGCAACAUUUUACACUGAUUAGAUCUUGAUAUUUGUUUUUCUGCAACUGAAAUUAUGGUGGAAAAACUAAUUUGAUUACUGAGAUGUAAUGCGGUUGGCUGAAGUUCACAAAGCAACAUGUUUUGUUUUUUUUAAACUGUACUGCCUUUUAUGUUUGUGCUUUAUGCUUUUUAACAUCAGGUAACAAACAUUAAUAUGCAAUGGCUUUAGAAAUAGAAAACAUAUUUCAACUGAAUACUGCUUGAAAGAUGUGGUUAGAUUUGGUCCAGCUGUUAAUGAACAGACUUAAAAUAAAUGACUCCUUCGUGUAUCUAAAUUGGAAAUAAAAGAAUAGCAUUUUUUGUCUGCAGUUAAGUGUUGUUCUCUAUUUGAAUAAAUGUGCACAUGACAUUUU